CGCUAGCAACACCGCAAUUUGACAUAACAAGAGGCGACUGCGAUAUGGAACGAGAACGGACAUCAAAAAUAUGGCGGAUUUUCACUCGCCGAGACAAUUCUGUAGCUACCUGCAAUCUUUGCAACCAGGACUACUCUUACCGGACUACUGUGAGCAAUUUGGCUAAGCAUUUCCGCACUAAACAUAGUGAUGUGGAACUGGUCCAGACUAAACGGUAUCUGAGUAACAGUGAUAGUGACGGGGAACAAGAAAAACCCUUCACAAAGAAGAAGAAAUCCACUUGGAACUACUACGAGGUUCUAGACUCAGAUAAAUUCGAAGCGACUUGCAAGCUCUGCAGUGCUGACAUCCAUUAUGACUCCGUGUCGGAUCUGGCGAAGCAUAUACGUGAGGAACAUGGAGAAGAACCCUCGGACAGUGAUGAUGAUUAUGAGCCGGUUCAGGAUGGCAGGACUAAAAGAAUGGUUUCCAAGAACUGGGAAUACUUCAAGAUCCUGGACCCUCAGAUGAAGAUAGCGAGAUGUAUGUUAUGCAGGACCAAGCUGUCUUACUCUGCUACUGUGUCGAACCUCAAGAGGCAUUUAUAUAGAAAACAUAAAGACGUGGUUACAGUCGGCGAAACUGAGGAUACCAAAAAGUUGAUAAUAUCGUCUAACGGGCAACUGUUUGAGUUAGACACAGAUUCUAGCAAGAUACAGUUAGAUGCUGAUGAUAAAGAACCAUUGGAAAUGGACACAAUAUACUUAGAAGAUUUAGACGACUCACUAGACCAAAUUCCACCACCAAGGCGAAUAUCAACCAAUUCACCGAAAAAGAAACCAACCGUUCCACAAAAAAGGAACUUCGCAAGUAUCGCAAAAGAACCAGUGAAUAUCAGAAAUACCUAUUCCGAAAAAGAACUGCCUAGGCCACAACACUCGAGUGACAAAAUGGCGACUCUAGACUAUUUUGGCCAUUAUAUCGUAUCUUUAUUAAAAGAAUUACCUAAGUGUGUAUCAGAUCAGUUACAACAAGAAAUUAUUAAACAGAUUUUGACCAGUAAAAUGGCUUUGGAAUCUCAAGGGCCGGCUAAUUACAAAAUAACUGUCAGUCAGGAUAAUAUUAGUAACUCUACUAAUAUUCGAGAGGAACCGGCUACUAUUGAAACGAUACAGGCGACUGAAACGGCUGAAAUAGUUUUAAAUGAUGGACUGAAAGAAUAGGCAUGAUGACAAUUUUUUAAAUUCCUUUGUAUGAUGUAGGUAUACGUCUAUUUUAUAUGAAAAAUUAUUAAUUUUAAGAAAA